ACUAUCGUCAACCAGUUUUCAAUCCAGCCCGUUGGAGUAGCGAAGGUCUGAGAGGAAGGUCUGAGAGGCUCAGAAUUCAGUUCCCAGACCCCGUAGAUCACAAAACAUCAUGGAACGGAAGGUGACGAAGGUUUACGGCAAGAAGAGGCGUCCUCCUGCCUGGCCCGAAUCCCGCAUCGGUAGCCCCGGCGACGCCCAGCUGUCCGUCAAAGCCUUCCUAGAGGCGACAGGAUUGAGCACAGCAUCGCCUGCACCAAAACCACCCACAGUCAAAGUGCCGAAGAGUAUCAACCUGGGACGACGGCGUCCUCCUCGAAAGCAAGCUUCGCCGAUCAAGCAUAAGCGUGCUAUGAAAUACGACGACGAUGACGACAACCUCGCGGUGCCGGAGCUCGACCGAAGCAUCCAGUCUGAGAAAGGCACGUGUGACGAGGACCAAGCGAAGCGCUCAGCACUUGAAAUCGACAAACCAGAGCGGCGUGUAACCCGUGAUUAUGCGGCUCGCAGUAGCUCAAGAAAGAAACCAUCGCGAGAUGUUUCCUCCAAGGUGCCGGAGGUGGAUCAGAGCAUUGAGUCUGAAACGCUACCAUUCGAUGAGAUCCAAGGACAGCGCUCAUCAGUACAUGAAAUCGCCGAAGAGGAGAAGCGCCCUACCCGCGCUCCAGCGGGCCGCACUAGUUCGCGAAGACGAUCAACGGCGAAGGUAUCCUCCGAGGUUCCGGAGGUUGAUCGAAACAUCGGGUUCGAAACGUUGACCAUUGACGACAAUCGAGGAAAAGGCACAGCGCGCGACAUCGGAGAACAGGAGAAGCGCCCUAGCAAUGCUCCAGUGAUUCAUACUAGUUCGCGAAGAAAUCCAUCGGCGAGAGUAUCGCCCAAAGUUUCGGAGAUUGUUCGAAGCAUUCAGUCCGAUGAAACAAUAACUGUUGAGGAACAAGGGAAAGGCGACGAAUCUGACAACGGACGACCGGAGGAACCUCUCACCCGUGCUCAAGCGGUCCACAUUAGCUUGGCAGGAAGGAAACCACUAGGCAGAGUCUCCUCCCAGCUUCCGGAUUGGGAUCCCUUCGAACAAGCAUCACCUGGUGAGGCGAUUGCCAGGACGGAUGUGCCGAAUGAAGACUUUCUGAUCACAGAAGAUUUAUUUGAGCGCCCACCGUCUUCCCCCGUACUGCACCCAACUAGUCUGGAGGAAAGUCCCACAAUGGGGCGCAAUGAAACUGACGAAGAUACAUCGUUGACAAAGGUGGCAAAAAAGCGACGCGUGACGAUCGCUCAGCCCGUGGCGGAAGAGGAAGUUCUCACAUCAGCCGUCAAGAGACGAGCGAAGAAGUCCAUUAAGUUCUCUGCCUCGACCAUCUUACGUUCCCUGGAUCACGACGAAGAAUCCCAUGCACCCGAACGCUCACUGAGCAGGUCGCCGCAUCGUAUGGGCCGUAUGAAGAGGAAGAAUGGAUAUGAAGAACGCGAAGAGAUGGAUGAAGCCGAAUCCAUUGAAGAGAACGCGGAAACCCAUAAACAUCGGAAGAGGAGUCGCGAUAGGCCCGCUGUUCCCACAGAUGAUGAAGAGCUCAGCAAUGAAGAUCCCAUUUCCGAGCCGCCUAAGAAGCGCAGGCUUUUGCGUAAGAGGUAUGACACCGGCGAGGUCGCAACCUUGGACAAAGCCUCUUCGAUCGUAUCGGACCCCUGGCACGACGAAGAGGAGAAUGUCAACCAGAUUCGAGAAACCCUAGGAGAGGCCCUAUUACAAUCGGCCGCUGCGGAACCCAUCACCGCAUCACAGUCGGACACUGCUGCGCCCAUCGGUGAUGAUCAGGGCUGCGAUUUCAGACUUGGUCGGCGGCCCCCGCGCGCCAUGCGGAAGGGCAAGGCGAAGACCGUAGGAAAGGCGAUUCAGCGCAAGCGUAGGACAGGUCGCGUUGAUUCCACUGUUGCAUCGCGUGGCAUCGCAGGGACAAAUGGCGAGGACGUGGAAAACGAAGGUCCUGAAACGGGUCCUCAGCCUUCCGCUUCGCAAGGUGAAGAGAAGCCUAACACUCAAGCAGUGCAAACUACCCUCCUCGGGAUCGCCGAGCGGAACAAAGCAAAGUGGGACCGUGCCAUAUCCGUGCAAGACAAGCGAUAUGUUCGUCGGGAACCAGUCAAAGGCAGGACGGGCGGACCGGCCGACUCGGAUGACGAUAUCCCACCUUUGCCGCCCCCUCUUCCCUAUCUGGACUCCGAGAUUGAAGAAACCAACUCGGGCACUGUUGCGCAUCCUCGACCGAAGCGCAAGCGAAGAAGGAAGGAGCGGAGGUUGCUUCCUGAUUCGCAGGCGGCAGAUGUACUACUCUCGGAGGACCCUGCGCAACAACAUCUUGGUUUUCCGGACGAUGGCUUCCCUGUUCUGAGGUAUGACGAUCGCGUAUGCAGUGAAUCGAAACCUCCAUUUCAUACCUUGCCCUCUUAGAACUCUGCAUGGCACACUCACCAAUCAGACUUUUGAAGACCUAUUCUGUUGAUUCCUACGUCAUUGCUGUCAUUUCAUACUAUAGACUGUGGCCUUCCUAUGCAUUCCUCCUGCCAUUCAUACCAUUUUAUCAGCACGUUUCACGUUUUUCGGACUUUCCCGUAUGUCUAGCCCUGCUUCUCAUAUCA